CCACAAAGUAAGUCUAGGAGUCAUAUUUAUUGUAAAAAUAAUAACAAUGAAUUAUUACUAUCAGAAGAUUUAAAGGAAUCAGAGAUUUAUUCAUGUAGUCAUACAAACUAUAUUAACAUUUUAUUAAUUGACGGAAGGAUCGAACUUUCUGAUUUUAAAUUUGAUGAUCCAAAGAUAUCAAAUGAAGGCUAUCCUCAGUAUGAUAAUGGAAAUUUGAAGCCAUUAUGGUUACCAAAAACACAAACAUCGAAUGAAACUUCAGGUACUGAUAAUCAGAAGAAUAGUUCUAGUAAUAAAGCUCCAGCUGGUGCAAUUUCUGGAAUCGUUAUUGGUAUUAUUAUUGAAAUUGCAAUAUUUAUUAUUGCAUUUAUUGUUAUCCGAAAAUACAAAUCAUCAACAACAAAUACUGAUGUAGGUGAAGAAGUUUAA